AUGUCGGACACAAUCUUGAGGUCGAACGAGGAUGGGGAAGUAGUCACGAUUGAGUUGAAGGAGAACACAGUCAUUAUUGUCCUGGGAGCCUCCGGUGACCUGGCGAAAAAGAAGACGUUCCGCAACAAUUUCCUCCCCAAAGAUGCCAAGAUCGUCGGAUAUGCCAGAACAAAGAUGGACAGGGCGGAGUUCCUGUCGAGGGCGAAGUCGUCCAUCAAGACGCCCACAAAAGACAUUGAGGCCCAGUUAGCCAAGUUCUGCGAGUCCCUCUCGUACAUCUCCGGGCAGUAUGACCAGGACGAUUCGUUCCAGACCCUCACCAAACAUCUUGAAGAUCUCGAGAAGGGGCAGAAGGAGACCAACCGAAUCUUCUACAUGGCUUUACCGCCUAGCGUCUUCAUCAGUGUCAGCGAGCAUCUGAAGCGAAACUGCUACCCUAAAUCAGGAAUUGCUCGGAUCAUUGUGGAGAAACCGUUCGGCAAGGACCUGGGCAGCUCAAGGGAGCUGCAGCGAGCCCUUGCUCCUAACUGGAAAGAAGAAGAGAUCUUCCGGAUUGACCAUUAUCUCGGCAAGGAGAUGGUCAAGAAUCUGCUGAUUCUCCGAUUCGGGAAUUCAUUCUUCGGAGCGACAUGGAGCCGACACCACAUCGACAAUGUCCAGAUCACAUUCAAGGAACCUUUUGGCACCGAAGGCCGCGGCGGCUACUUCGACGAAUUCGGCAUUAUCCGCGACGUCAUGCAGAACCAUCUCCUCCAGAUCCUCACUCUCAUCACCAUGGAGCGCCCGAUCAGCUUCAGCGCCGAAGAUAUUCGCGACGAGAAGGUCCGCGUGCUCCGCGCCAUGCCCUCCAUCGAGCCGAAGAACGUCAUCAUCGGCCAGUACGGCAAGAGCCUGGAUGGCAGCAAGAUGUCCUAUAAGGACGAUGAAAGCGUGCCGAGGGACAGCCGUUGCGCGACAUUCGCCGCCAUGGUGGCGUACAUCAAGAACGAGCGGUGGGAUGGCGUGCCUUUCAUCAUGAAGGCUGGCAAGGCGCUCAACGAGCAGAAGACCGAAGUGCGGAUUCAAUUCCGCGACGUGACAUCGGGCAUCUUCAAGGAUAUCCCCCGCAACGAGCUAGUGAUCCGCGUGCAGCCCAACGAAUCCGUCUACAUCAAGAUGAACUCUAAGCUGCCCGGUCUGAGCAUGCAGACCGUCGUGACCGAGUUGGAUCUCACCUAUCGUCGACGAUUCUCCGACCUCAAGAUCCCGGAGGCGUAUGAGAGUUUGAUCUUGGACGCACUAAAGGGCGAUCAUUCCAACUUCGUUCGCGACGACGAGCUGGACGCGAGCUGGAGGAUCUUCUCCCCGCUUCUGCACUACCUGGACGAUAACAAGGAGAUCAUCCCUAUGGAGUACCCUUACGGCUCCCGAGGUCCCGCGGUCCUUGACGACUUCACGGCUUCCUAUGGGUAUGCGUUCUCGGAUGCCUCCAACUACCAGUGGCCUGUCACUGGGGGCAACGAGAAACUAUAG